AUGAAAUUAUCCGUUAUAUAUACUUUCAGCUUUAUAUAAUUAUGGAGCUGUAUUUCAUUAAAAUUGGUCCUCUAUAAGUCGAAACAUUCGAUUCUUAGGUUUAUUUUCUAUAGUUACAUAGAAAGAUUACUUUGCCGCUGUGGAAUAGUUUGUCCAGAAUUUAGCCCUCUGGCUCUAAUUAUAUCUAUUGAUACAGUUGAUACGGUUGAUAUCUCGGCUGCUGUUAGAGCCAUUAUUUAAAUGUAACAUGGUUCGAAUUUCACAACCGAAUUUUUAGAAAUCUUGGUUGCUCAGCGAUCUGAUCGUUCCUAGAAGCUUAAAUUCGUACUUUUUCUUCUUGGUUUAAGUGUGUGUUUUUAAAGUCUUUCAGUUUCCGUAAGAAUUUUAAAGGUUACACCAAGUGACACUCUGAGAAUGCUUCCUUCAAAAAUGAGGAUUGCUUGAAUUUUCGGUAAUAAUGAAAACGUCGACACAAAGGAAAAAAUUAGAAACAUAAAAUUUGGGAAUUGAAAAAAAUAAAUAAAGGCAAAUUUGCGAGAGUACGAAGUAGGAAACAAGUCUGCACAUGGAAAAAGGAAACGGCUAUCUUGAUUUUUGGAUCAUGAAUCGAACACCUGGGAAAAGUGUCAGAGAUAGCUCGCCGAGCCAAGAGCAGUCGCUUGAGCAACGUAAUUUAAAACAAAGGAAGAGAAAGUGCAAUGGAAAGAAAAAUGAGAAAUCGCAAAAUUCUAUAAUAUCUUCCUCAGAGUCGGACAAUGACAACAACUUUGUGGAAACACUGUUAGCUAAAAACAGAGACGGCAAACUGUAUAAUGACGUUCCGAAGCAAGAAAACAUAGGUUCGCCUGUAGUGGUCGAAGCGUUCGACAACUUGUCUUUAUUGAACAUACCCGAACCGCUUAAACAGAGUCAACAAGUACAAGUGAGAAACGAUGUUCCGGACAACAACCCGACGUACAUGGACAUAGAAAAGGAGCAAGCGUGCAUUAUUGUCACUGAAUCACUGAAUCCGAGUCAUGAAUCGUGCAAUCCAGAAAACGAGAACCGACAAGACCAUACAAGACCACCGUUGGAGAAUAAUCAUACACCGCAAAAGAAUAAGAAGCAAGUGAAAAAUGAUGUAGUCGAAUCUACUACAUCUCCUAUUGCUGGUCCUAGCUCGUCAAAAACUAACGGGUCUUGUAAUACACCUGAAAAAUAUGAUACAGAUGACUAUGUUGCUGCUAAUUUCAACGUUGAAGACGGAAAUGGUAACGAAGUAGAGAUGUCGGAUAAAAACAUUAAUACUUAUUCAGUACGAUUUUAUUGCUUGAGAAACAAAGUAGUUGCUGUGAUGUCUGAAAAGGCACGAUUUUGCUUCACUGGGAAAUUAGUCGUUAGAGUGAUAUAUGGCGCGGUAGAAGCGUAUGGAUGCGUGAUCACCACAGAAAGUGGUCCGGUCGAAAUCUACUCGCCGAGAGGAUAUAGUAAUGUUUCAAUCGAAACCAGCGAAAAUCAUGUCAAUGAUCAAGUACCGAAUAUAGAACACGCCGAAUCGAACGUAUGGAUGUUUCUUACUCGCGAAGGUGUCGACCGAAAUGAAAGGCAUAAAUUGGCCGACGAGAUUGAACGACUUACACCCGCGAUGACGGUCGUUUUGUUGUCCAAUUUAGAAAACGGAUUGACCAGAUUUUUAGAUGCCUUUUAUCAGUUCAGACUAUUUCCGAAAGUAAAGAAAGAGAAAAUGAUAAGUCAUUUUUGGACCGACUUGAGAAGAGCCGAAUUGAUGCUGCAAUCAAAUCUUUACACCAGUAAUUAUAAUUGCAAAGAGUUAAUAAUCGAUCCACGUAUCAGCGGAGAAGUUAGCGAAAAAAUGUUGAACCGUUGGCGUUCGAAUAAAUGGUCAUGUACUGUAAUCGUCGGUGGUAAGAGCGUUGGUAAAUCUACUACGACGCGUUACUUGAUAAACAGACUGUUACCCGUUUCGAAGAAGGUGGUUCUCCUGGACGUAGAUCCUGGUCAAACCGAAUGCACGCCAUACGGUUGUUUAUCGUGUAGCUUGAUAGAAAAGCCUCUGAUGGGACCAAACUUUACACACUUAAAGAAGCCAGUUUUUCAGUUAUACAUCGGAGAGGUGAACGUCUCACGAUGUAUUACACGAUACAUCGAAGGUGUCAAGAUGUUAAUCGACAAAAUAUCCAAUAGUCCGAUUUUAUCACGGCUGCCAAUCGUCGUCAACACGAUGGGUUUUUCACAAGGUAUUGGCUGGGAUCUCGCUUUGACCAUUAUCAAAUUCACUCGACCUUCUUUCGUGGUACAAAUUAUGUCAGGGAAACCGAAAAAUAAUUACAUUGGCUACUUCAGCAAGGAGGUCGUAAAUCGACAGAAACUUCCGUGGACUGCAAAUGUGAUCCAUUUGAGUGAACUAUCCUGUAAUCACGAACUGUUUGUUGUGCGCUCAUACGCGGAACAGAAAGCUACUUCAGGGUACGAAACCUGGAACAUGGAACCUUACCAACAACGCGAACUCGUAAUGAUCUCCUAUCUCAGCGAAAUUGUACAAAAUUCCGCAAAAUCAACAUCACGCUGUGAUGCUCUGUCACUAAGCAUCAACAAUGUUGUGCCAUACGUAACUUCAUUUAAAUCGCUGUACAUUUCCAUUCCAAGCGCAUUUGUACCUUCGUCGCACGUGUUAAACGUGGUGAAUGGUAAUAUAGUGGCACUAUGCGGAAUCGACAUAAAUGACAGCUGUUUGACAGAAAGCCAGGCCAUUUCCGGUCCUCGAGUGUUGAACAGACCACCUCUCUGCAACUGUUAUGGAUUCGGUAUCGUUAGAGGAGUUGACAUGGUGCAAGAAGAAAUAUUUAUAAACACGCCAUUGCCAGCAGCCACGAUGCAGUACGUAAAUUGUUUAAUGGGGUGUAUACCAGUGCCAAUUAACUUGUUAACACUGAAUCAGCAAACGAACAUACCUUACAUUGGUGGGAACGAUAUUCUACCGAUGAGCCGUGAACAUCGUAGAGGAUACUUCCGAAUGAGAUACCAAAGAGACGAGAACAAUGCUUGACAGGGAAUCUAUUGUAAAGAUUCUUUAUUAUAAAGAAAAACGUGUAAAUACAUCUGUUUUACUCAUAUUUUAUUUCGAAAAUAAAGAUUUCUAAUAUUG